AUGCCGCCAAAUCACAAGACUGCAGAUAAUGAUGACGACGAAGAUGAUUACAUGUCAAUGAUCAUCCAAGAACCCGCGACCCAACAACGCGAAACGCUCACGCAGCGCAAGCUCCGGAAGCAGCGUGAGUCAGAAGCAAAAGCUCGUAUCCCCUCCAAGGCCGAACGGGCAGCUGCCGAAGCCGCACGCCGCGAAAAUGCGCUGAACGAAAGCGUGCUGCAUCCCUCGAAUAAGGGGUUUCAGAUGAUGGCGAAAUUGGGAUUUAAAGCGGGGGAUAGGUUGGGGCGGAGGUCGCCCCCUCCUGCAUUUGCACCUGAACCUGCACCUGAACCUGCGGUGCUAUCUGAUACAAAAGCUGGAGAGAAUGGGCAAGAGGAUACGGACGAUUCAGAACCGAACACAUUAAACGAAUCAAACGAAAACACAGCCUGGAUCCAAUCCCGCGCCGAACCUUUGAGGCUAAUCGUAAAAGAAGACCGCGGCGGAAUCGGAUUAGAUAGUGAGAAGAAGCGCAAAUUCCGAAAGGAGACGGAUCACGUGAACAAAAAGGCCAAAGCAGACGAAGGCGAGUAUCGGGAUCGGAUGCGCGCUGAGAGGGAGGAGAGGAGGGCUGAAGGCCUGGUGGUUGGUGCGCAGAAGGUUUUGGAGAAGUUGGAGGUUGAUGAUAUGACUGCCAAAGAGGAGGGGGAGAAAGUAAAAGGGAGGAAAGGGAGACCACUAAAGGAGGUGAAUGUGUUGUACAGGGGACUUGUGCAUGAACGUCUCGAACGCGAAAGGGAGAAGAUGGUUCGGAUGAUAUUUGAGGAUUCGUUGUCGUCGAUGUCAGAGACGAGGUCCCAUUUCCCGAAGCCGAGAUUACCGAAAUUUAACUCCGAGGAUGACGAGGAUGAGCCGCAUGCUAUACAGCAGGACCCGAAAGAGGGGGAUGGUAUCGCGUUUGUGGAGCAGACCCUUGAUCCUGAUGAGGAGGCUGAGGAGGACGCGGAGUUGAAUGAGUUUAAUGCGUUACCCAGCUCGGAGAAGUUGUCGAGGCUGGUGAUUUAUAUGCGAGAAAAAUAUUGGUAUUGUUUCUGGUGCAAGUAUCGGUACGACUCUGCGGAGAUGGAGGGUUGUCCUGGCAUCACGGAGGAGGAUCAUGAUUGA